AUGGAAUCAUAAAUCAAAUUUAGCAAUAUCGUUAAGUUACUUGAUGGUUCUUUUAUAUUUAAAGUCUUGAUAAUAAUUAUGAAAGGACCGAAAAAAUUAAAGUAUAAAUUUGAAUAAUAUAAUAUAGCAAAUACUUUAUUGAUAAUAAAAGCUAUAUACCCUGCUAUUAUGCAAUUGAAAAAUACCAAGGUGCAGAAGGUUAAUUUUUAUUUAAUAUCGCUUUAUUAACAAAAAAUAUUUUAUUCCUUUUAAUUUGGAAAAAUUUUAAUAGAGAUGAAGAGAGGCUUAUGCUUAUGCAUUAAUAUAAUAAUAAAUAACUAAAAUGA